AUCAAAAGAAGUCUUGAGCAGCAGAAGGCGGACUCCUGUAGCACACCAAACAAUAAUACAUGUGGCAACAAAGAAAGCAAGGUCUGAUGUCCAAUCACAACCACAGCAGUCUACCCCGCCACAAAGAUUGUCUACAGUUUCUUCGGUCCCACCACUCCAAAUUUUGGUCACACCUCCAAGACGCCAACCACACUCCCCUCAUCUUGAUUAUUCUAGUACUGGUACCAGCAUCCCGACGCAACAGCAACAACACAGUGACAUGGAUGAGACAAUCAUGUUACAAAUGCAGCCAUUAAUCAAAGGAAUCAGCCACCCAGCACCUGUGAGUACACCACCACAGCAAAGCACUCCACCACCACAACACAGCCUGACAACACCAGUAGCACAAGGCCCUGAUCAAGUGUUUUGGGACAGUUGGGCUACACAGCAGGCCACUAAUCAAGAUUACCUGUGUAGGCAGACCCAAAUUUUUGCUAACCUAUCAUCUCACCUCAGAAGAAUCAGCAGAAAUAUCAGUAGCCAAAAUGAACCAACCACCAGAAUUGCCAAUACCAUGGAAAUCAUGCGUGCAGACAUUACACAUGUCAUGGGCAACUUACAAAGCAUAAUGGAAGAACAGCAUAGACAACAGCAAAGCUACAUCAACAUCUUAGAAAAAAAUCAAAUGAUCAAUGAAUCUAUCACCAGAAUUUUAGAGAAUCAAAAUGCUGCAACACGUGAACUUAAUGCCACCCUCACUAACCUCAAUGAAACACUCAGAUCCCAGCACCAACAGCAACCAAGCAGCAGUUCUGGUACGACUACUCCUAUUCUAUCGCCAGUGUCCUCAACACCAAGGCGCUCCACCAGAGCACGCCAACACGACAGUGGUAAAGGCAAAGACCAGUCCAAACAGCCAACCCCAAAAAAAUAAAAAAUAGAGACACCGAUUUCUGUAUAGAGAAGAAAAUAAUCACAGUUAGUAAGUGUAGGUUUGUCUCAAUAUAUAUUACACUUAGCACCUUGUUAAUUUGUUGAACAUCAUUAAUUAUAAAGGUUUCAAACAACAACAGGAUUUUUUGUCAACACAUUUAUUCUUUACCAUCUUUGUAUUUUUUUGGAGGAGGAAAAAGUAAUUUGAUCUGCACAUUGAUCGUAGCAUGCAGUAACAAGACCACUUGAUUUUUGUCUAAUCAUUACUCUUUCUAGAUUCCAAUCAUUCUCAUAUCUUGCAGGCAGACUAAUUUUGGCAGCCAUGCAGAAUGUCUUUAGCAUGCAGUAAGAAGACCACUUGAUUUUUUUCUAAACAUUACUCUUUCUAGAUUCCAAUCAUUCUCAUAUCUUGCAGGCAGACUAAUUGGCAGCCAUGCAGAAUGUCUUUAGCAUGCAGUAACAAGACCACUUGAUUUUUUUCUAAUCAUUACUCUUUCUAGAUUAGGCAGACUAAUUGGCAGCCAUGCAGAUUCAUCCAUGACCAAUACAACUUACAAUGUGAUUUUUAACUCUUUUACAUUUCUUCUCUAGACGACAUUACAAGAAUAACACAACUGAGUUGCCUAAAAAGGUACUAAUAUGUUGUGAAACAAUUUAGAUAAUUCAGUCCCAAAAUGAAUGACAUUAUUGUUGUGCCAUGUUUGUGUGUGUUAAAAAUGAGUAAUCAGAUUAUUACAUAUGAUGCAGAAACAAAGAAAUUGUAAAUAUUUUAAUGAACACAAAUAAUGAGUAUAAUAAUGGAU